CGGCCCCCCGGAGAGGCUCCUGCCCGCUCCGAAGCCCCGCUCGUCCUUGCCGCUGGCAGCCUUCGUGAAGGAAGCCGUCGACCCCCGGCCGCGCAGGGUCGCGGAGAGAGGCGGCGGCGGGAGCACGCCCGGGCUCCCAGAGCGUUGCUCGAAUCGAAGCGCCUCGCCAGGAGGUUUGUCCCCGCCCGCUCGCCGUGCCGCGCGGCCCCAGUGGUAGGGGAAGAGCGCGCGGCUGAGAUGGGCGAGACCAUGUCAAAGAGACUGAAGUUCCAUCUGGGCGGGGAAGCAGAGAUGGAGGAGCGGGCGUUCACCAACCCCUUCCCGGACUACGAGGCCGCUGCCUCCGCGGUGUUCGCCGCCGGGGCGGCCGAGGAGACGGGCUGUACUCGCCCCCCACCCACCACCGACGAGCUUGGCCUCCCUUUUCACAACAACGGAAAGAUCAUUCAUAAUUUCACAAGGCGAAUCCAGACCAAAAUCAAAGAUCUUCUACAGCAAAUGGAGGAGGGGCUGAAGACAGCUGACCCACAUGAUUGCUCUGCUUAUACUGGUUGGACAGGCAUAGCCCUUUUGUACCUGCAGCUGUAUCGGGUCACGGGUGACCAGACCCACCUGCUCCGGUCCCUGGAUUACGUCAAGAGAACACUUCGGAACCUGAAUGGCCGCAGGGUCACUUUCCUCUGCGGAGACGCCGGACCCCUUGCUGUAGGAGCUGUGGUGUAUCACAAACUCAGAAGCGACUGUGAGUCCCAGGAAUGCAUCACAAAACUUUUGCAGCUCCAGAGAACCAUCGUGGGCCGAGAUUCAGAGCUUCCCGAUGAGCUGCUUUAUGGUCGGGCGGGUUAUCUGUAUGCCUUACUCUACCUGAACACGGAGAUUGGUCCAGGCACCGUGUGUGAGUCAGCCAUUAAAGAGGUAGUCAGCGCUAUCAUCGAGUCAGGCAAGACUCUGUCGAGGGAAGAAAGGAAGGCCGAGCGCUGCCCGCUGCUCUUCCAGUGGCACAGGAAGCAGUAUGUUGGAGCGGCUCACGGCAUGGCCGGGAUCUACUACAUGCUAAUGCAGCCAGCAGCAAAAGUGGACCAAGAAACCUUGACAGAAAUGGUGAAACCUAGUAUUGAUUAUGUGCGCCACAAAAGAUUCCGAUCUGGGAAUUAUCCGUCAUCAUUAAGCAAUGAAACAGAUCGCUUGGUCCACUGGUGCCAUGGUGCGCCCGGUGUCAUCCACAUGCUUAUGCAAGCUUACAAGGUCUUUAAGGAGGAGAAAUACCUGAAAGAUGCCAUGGAGUGUAGUGAUGUCAUUUGGCAGCGAGGUUUGCUUCGGAAGGGCUACGGGAUCUGCCACGGGACAGCCGGGAACGGCUAUUCAUUCCUGUCCCUGUACCAUCUCACGCAGGAUAAAAAAUAUCUCUACCGAGCUUGCAAAUUUGCAGAGUGGUGUCUAGAAUAUGGAGCACAUGGGUGCCGCAUCCCCGACAGACCCUACUCUCUCUUUGAAGGCAUGGCUGGCGCGAUUCACUUUCUCUCGGACAUCUUGGCACCGGAGACAUCCCAGUUUCCAGCAUUUGAACUUGCUCCUUCGCAGAGGAACAAAAAGAUGUAAAGAGACUACUAAGACACCUGUUUGGACCAAAAGCCAGGUUGCUUAGUGCCUGACACAGAACCAACUGUGAAUCCGGAAGAAGGCAAAAAAAAAAAAAAAGAAGCAAACACCUUCACGGGCCCCCUUUGUUGCAAAGACCCUCAAGUUAGAGCAUGAAUGACAGAAACCAUCCCGUCAGCGUUUUGUAACAGUGUUCCCCUCACUGGUGUGAAAUACGAAUUCUUCACCUCCAGCCCUCUGUAGCAUUUGCAUGUUCCUUGGUGUUCGUUGUCUAGAGGUGUAAGUUGUUCCAAACAGAAAGCCCUUCCCUUCCCAUGAGCCCGGAGCCGAGCGCACACGAGGGCACGGCGGCAGCCACUUCUCUGUGUAUAAGAUUCAAGGGAGGUGUCUCCUGUGUUGACAGGGAAUAGUCAGGCGGUGUCUCUCUCAUAUACCAGAAAGCGUCUCUAAGGUGGUAUCCUCGUGAUACUUUGUCAGCACUCUCUGUGAGUACCUUUCGGACAAGCACGAGGGAAAGACCAUUCCAAAGACCGAAAAGAAAGAAGAUAAGAGGGGGGUUUUGCUGGAAUGGUUGGGGGUGGGGGUGGGGGUUGAGCCUUUGCACCGGGUCGCCGAACGCUCCGCUCCCUCUUUGUGUUUUGUGUUCACCCUUGGUGUUUUUAAGAAGCCAGAGGGCAUGCGUCGCAGCUCUACUGGGGCGCCCUGUUCUCAGCUGAAGUUCCGGGCACCUGUGUGGAGUUCCAGAGGCUCCUGUCAGUCCCAGCCCAAACCAGCCAGUGCCCUGGGCGCUGGACUUCGUGAUACCAGAAAACAGCCAAGGGAGGCCUUUCCAUGACCAUACUGUAAAUCAAGUAGGGGUGACUAAGCAUUGGCAAUUCUAGAUUUGGCUUACAUUAUUAAAACUUUAUCAUCAUCAUAACCUAUUAUAAGUUCAGUAGAUCCAAUUCCAGAUGGCGAAAAGCAGAUAUUCACCUGUUCCCCUGUCCCUGCAAUUAAACUUACAUCAAAAUUUGGUAAGUUAUCUCAGUGUAAAUUUGGGGGGAAUACGGUCAUUUUUGGCCUACUUUUGGGUGAUUGAAAUCUCACAUUUGAUUGAAAUAUAUGAAGCAAUAAAAGGACUAGUCUGCAUUUA